AUGAACGAAAGCAGCAGCAGUCGCCGUUGGAGUGCACCGGAUUGUCUUGUUAGGACAAAGAGGAAGGAAAACGAAAGCAGGAGUGGAACACAAAGAAGGGAGCAGGGGAGAGACGAACGUGGUGACAAGGGGCUCCGGUGGUUUUGCUCGAUAAUCACAGGAAAAGGAAACACGAAGAAGAAACGGGCUGCUGCCCUCUUGGUUGUUCUUGGCAGCAAUCGAAGGAGGUGGCUGCAAUGGUUGAUCAAGGGGCUGUUUUAGAUCUGGGAUUCGACCAGUGAAGGGGUAGAAAAGAGGUUGUUGCCUCCUUGUUUUCAUCGGGAAUCAAUACAAGAGAACCACCUCCAAUGGAGGUGUUCUUGGUUGUGCAUGGAAACAGAAUGAAGGGAGAGAAGGAGUGAGUCUGUGAAUGAUUGAGGAUAUUUUUGUGUGAUCAAAAAUAAGAUAAAUUUGGCAAAUGACCAUAAUUUAGAAUGAUUUUGAAGAAAAUGACCACACAAAAAGCAAUAUUUCAGAAAAUGACCAAAGGUUCCGUAGAGGGGGUUCUGCGGAACCAUAAACACCUCUGCGGAACCCUUAAUUGUUCUGCGGAUCGAUAAAAACGACGAAGAAAAGGCAUUCCUCAAUACUCGACUGCGGAAGGAAGGUAGAGAUCUGCUGCGGACAUCGAGUGUGAUCGAAACGGACAAAAAAAUGUCAAGGCGAGCUCGAUUUGUGGAGCAAUUGCACUCCGAUGUGUUAUCAGAAGGAUAUGGAACUCAAGUAAAAAAAAUUUCCUAAUUUUUGUAUAAGAACUCAAGUAAUCUUUGUAGAAAUCGAUUAUAUGAUUUGGAAAUUGAUUGGUUAAAUGUUAUUUAUAAAGAUAUAUGUUUGUUAGGGUG